AUGGUGACUGGUGAGACGGAGACCAACGGCAGCAUGCCGUACCUGAACGCAGUGGUGCUCGAGUUGAGAGCCGCCGCAUGCACCCAUCAGUGCCGUUCAUCUUACGCGGCGUCCAUGGCCAGGGAGCCGCCACAAUCAUCACAGACGCCUCGCUAUUUCGACUUCCUUGCAAUGAAGUGUGUUCCGGAGUCGCACGUGUGGACUGAGCAGAAGGACUAUCCGGUGGUGCUCGAGUCGGCAGGGAGCGAUGAGGUGCCUGUGGUUGACAUGGCUGACGGCACGGACGGUGCUGUCGCCGCCGUGGCGCGGGCUGCGGAGGAGUGGGGCGGGUUCCUGCUAGUCGGACACGGCGUGCCGAUCGAGCUCCUGGUGCGUGUAGAGGAGCAGAUCAAGUGCCUGCUCGCGCGCCCGGCUCCAGAUAAGGAGCGAGCCGCGCGCGGUGGAGACUUCAAGAAUGGCUACGGCGUGCCGCCCUAUGCGCUCUACUUCUCCAAGCUGAUGUGGUCGGAGGGAUACACCUUCUCCGCCGCCAACGUCCGCUCGGAGUUCCGGCGGAUCUGGCCCGACGGCGGUGAUGAGUACAUGCGCUUUUGUGAUGUGAUGGAGGAGCUUCACAAAGAGAUGAGGGCACUCGGUGAGAAGGUGUUGGACAUGUUCUACAAGGCGCUAGGGCUUAGCGCUGACCACAUCGCCGGCGGCGAGGUGGAGCGCCAGAUCCGCGACACGAUGACGGCCACCAUGCGCCUCAACAUGUACCCCAAGUGCCCAGAACCGGAGCGCGCGAUUGGGCUCGCGGCGCACACGGACUCGGUCUUCUUCACGUUCAUCAUGCAGAGCCUGGUGCCGGGGCUGCAGCUUCUCCGGCGUGGGCCUGAUCGGUGGGUGACCGUGCCCGCCCAGCCUGGAGCGCUUCCUGUCCUCAUCGGCGACCUCUUCCACGUCCUCACCAACGGCCGCUUCCACAACGUGCUUCACCGGGCCGUCGUAAACCAGGAUCGCGAGCGCGUCUCCGUGGCUUACCUUAUCGGCCCGCCGAAGGACAUGAAGGUCGCUCCGCUCGACGUGGCCAUUCGUCAGGGGAGCAAAGCUGAGUUCCGUGUCGUGACGUGGCCGGAGUACAUGGUGGCAAGGGAGAAGACGUUCUGGAACGACGGGGCGGCUCUCGAAAUGCUGCGGGUGACCGAGGAUGAAGGAGAUGCAGAGCUUGCCCAAGGAAUGAAUAAGUGA